AUGACACUGGAGGGCGGCAUCAGCGACUGGGAGGUCAUCGAUGAGUCGGAAGAAUCAUUCGAUGAAACUGCGGGUAAACAAACAAAUGACCGUUGCGCAAAUGUUGUUGUUGUUGGAUAUGGCAACAAUGAUUGUGACGACGAUGAAAACACUGGCAAGCUUUUGUCGUCGACGGAUUCCUUUAGUUUAGCAGGCACUCCUCGUGAGCGCAGUAAUCUAAAAGAUGAGGAGGAAACCCGGCGGCAGAGAAAUGCUGUAAGGAUGGCGGACCUGAACACGAACGCCACCACUGAAGUGGAUAACGAAACACAUGAUGAAUUAGCUGAAAUAAAAGAGCUUUGUGCGGUGCAGCAGGAACAACUGAAGCGGCAGGCUGAGGAAAUACGUGAACUGAAGGAACGCCUCAAUGAGAGGGCAAUGCAUUCAGAAGAGCGCACUAGAAUUAUUGAGGCGCAGAGUAAGAGGAUCGGUUGUCUUCUUAGGGUGGUAGAGCGACUAAAAAGCCGAGAGUCCAGUAAAGUUUUCUACCAAGAUGAGGAAAAUGCUGAAUUGCAAAUGGGGCUCGAGCAUUUGAAGGUUGGCACGAAUAAUUCUCACCACCAUGCACCAAUGUUUAAUACAGCCCCGCCACAGCGAAGGGCUUUGAUAUUCGAAUGUCGCAAGCAGCCGAGCGAUUGGGAAACGCCGAUUGGCGAAGGGGCCUAA